AACACUUAUUUGACACACAUUAACUGUAAAUAUGUUUCACCUUUACAUACCAAUCUGAUGCAUUUGGGUUGAUUAUUGGAAAAGAGGGAGGAGCCAGACGAACCAAUCUUAUGAUGGCCUCUGGUGUGAAAGCUGCCAGAGCUCCACAGCUUCUCUGUGACCAUGGAGGAAGCUGAGCUCUGCUUCCCACAGCUCCUCAACGCCUCGUGCAAAAGGCCGACGCAGCAUCAAGCUGAGAGCGUUUUCAUUUCCGUCCUGCUGUCCUGCAUCUCUCUGCUCACAGCAGUUCUCAACCUGCUGGUCAUCAUCUCCAUCUCACACUUCAGGCAGCUCCACACUCCCACCAACCUCCUCCUCCUCUCUCUGGCCGUCUCUGACUUCCUUGUCGGCUUUCUGCUGAUGCCGUUUGGAAUCUUCCUGAUAGGAAGCUGCUGGUUUUUAGGGAAGUUCAUGUGUGGAUUUUUUCAAUACACCUCCUUUACCAUCACAUCGUCGUCUGUGGGAAACAUGGUGCUGAUUUCAGUGGACCGAUACGUGGCCAUUCAUGACCCUUUGACUUACACCACUAUGGUCACACAGAGAAGAGUUCGAGUGUGUGUGUAUCUGUGUUGGGCCUGCUCUGUCUCCUAUAAUGGUGUCGUACUCAAUACUUUUUUGAAAAAUCCAGACGCAUAUAACUCCUGCUAUGGGGAGUGUGUGGCUGUCAUCAACUAUGUAACGGGAGCUGUAGACGUUGUGUUGACAUUUAUUGGUCCAAUCACAGUCAUCAUUGUUCUGUAUGUGAGAGUCUUUGUCGUUGCUGUCUCUCAGGCUCGAGCCAUGAGGUCUCAGAUCGUGUCGCUCCAGGGUUCAAUUUGUGUAGUUGCUCAGAAGUCAGAGAGGAAAGCAGCUAAGACUCUGGGAGUGGUAGUGGUUGUGUUCCUGAUCUGUUUCUGUCCCUAUUACUACCCAUCUCUGGUGGGUGAGGACACGUCUCCAUCCACCACAGCAGCAUUUUCUAUUUUUGGUGUGUGGCUGCUUUACUGUAACUCCUGCAUGAAUCCAGUCAUUUAUGCUUAUUUCUACCCCUGGUUCAGAAAAUCUAUCAGACUCAUUGUUACUCUGCAGAUACUAAAGCCUGGCUCCUGUGACGCCAACAUGCUGCAGUAG